GAUCACUUCCACUCAUCUUUGGGUGACAGAGGCUGGGGUUGCGGUUACAGGAAUUUCCAGAUGCUCCUUUCAUCACUGUUGCAAAACAGCUUGUAUAAUGACUGCUUGAGAGAUACUGCACUAAUUCCUAGUAUACCAAAGAUUCAGUCCAUGAUUGAAGAUGCCUGGAGAGAAGGCUUUGAUCCUCAUGGGGCAUCUCACUUCAAGAACAGAUUACAUGGUUCCAAAGCAUGGAUAGGAGCAUGUGAAAUUUAUUCACUGUUAACCAGUCUCAGGAUAAAGUGCCAAAUCAUUGACUUCCACAAACCGACUGGCCCUAUGGGUACACACCCUCGUUUGUUUGAGUGGAUUUUGCGUUACUAUUCUACAGAUAAUGAAGGUGCUGCAAAGGUGGUGUGUACUUCCAAACCACCUAUCUACUUGCAACAUCAAGGUCAUAGUCGUACUGUUGUUGGAAUAGAAGAGAAGAAGAAUAAAGCCUUAUGUUUGCUACUGUUUGACCCGGGGUGUCCUUCUCAAGAAAUGCAGAAACUGCUAAAACAAAACAGUGAUGGUACUAAUCUCAAACUGCUUCGGAAAUUUGCGGGUAACUUGAAAGAAAAGCAAUACCAGAUAGUGGCUGUAGAUGGUGUACUCUCAUUGGAAGAGAAAGCUGCUCGCUGUCAUGCUUCUCAGGUCUUAACAUCAGAGAAGAUUCCUUAAAGGAUGCCUUUAUUACCUCUUCUGGUAUCUCCUGGAUGCAAAAUGUUAAAUUUCUGGAUUGUGACCCUAACUCAA